AUGGCGUCCCGCAUCGGCCUGCGGAUGGAGCUGAUGAAGCAGCAAGCGCAGCAGGAGGCCGAGAGGGAGCGCGUGCAGCAGCAGAUGAUGAUGAACUACAUGCAGCAGCAGCGCAUGCCGGUGGCCUCCACCCCGGCCAUCAACACCCCCGUCCCCUACCAGUCCCCACCGCCCGUGCCCGGAGAGGUCCUCAAAGUCCAGUCCUACCUGGAGAACCCCACCACGUACCACCUGCAGAAGUCACGGGACAAGAAGGUUCAGGCUUAUCUCUCCGAAACCUACGGGAACAAGUUUGCUGCCCACGUCAGCCCCGUCAGCCACUCUCCCAAGCCACCCCCCGCCGCAUCCCCCGGCAUCCGACCCAGCCACGUCAUGUCCUCCUCGGCGGGCAACAGUGCGCCCAACAGCCCCAUGGCCAUGCUCAACAUCGGCUCCAACCCCGAGCGGGAGUUCGAUGAGGUCAUUGAUGACAUCAUGCGCCUGGAUGACGUUUUGGGCUACAUCAACCCUGAAGUCCACAUGCCCAACACACUGCCGAUGUCCAGCAGUCACAUGAAUGUCUAUAGCGGGGACCCCCAGGUGACGGCCUCUCUUGUAGGUGUCACCAGCAGCUCCUGCCCUGCCGACCUCACCCAGAAGAGAGAGCUGACAGAUGCUGAGAGCCGAGCCCUGGCAAAAGAGCGCCAGAAGAAAGACAAUCACAACCUGAUUGAGAGACGGCGAAGGUUUAACAUCAACGACCGCAUCAAAGAGUUGGGGAUGCUGAUCCCCAAGGCCAACGACCUAGACGUGCGCUGGAACAAAGGGACAAUCCUGAAGGCGUCUGUGGACUACAUCAAGAGGAUGCAGAAGGACUUGCAGAGGUCACGAGACCUGGAGAACCACUCACGGCGUCUGGAGAUGACGAAUAAGCAGCUGCUGCUCCGCAUCCAGGAGCUGGAGAUGCAGGCACGCGUCCACGGGCUGCCCACCUCCUCACCCUCGGGCGUCAACGUGGCCGAGCUGGCUCAGCAGGUGGUCAAGCAAGAAGCUGGCGGGGACGAGGGGACGCUGGAGCCGCUGCUGCCACCCCCAGACCCCGAGUCACAGCCGCAGCCGGCGCUGCCUCCACCACCACAGUCUCCCUACCACCAGCUGGACUUUACCCACAGCCUGAGCUUCGACGACGGCUCCCGGGGCUUCCCGGACAGCCUGGAGCCUGGCCACAGCGCUUCCUUCCCAUCCCUAUCCAAGAAGGAGCUGGACUUGAUGCUGAUGCAGGACACCAUGCUGCCUCUGGCCUCCGACCCCUUGUUCUCGGCCAUGUCCCCGGAGGCCUCCAAGGCCAGCAGUCGCCGGAGCAGCUUCAGCAUGGAGGAUACAGACAUGCUGUGACGAGGAGCUGCUCCGAUGCUGGGGGCGAAGACUGGACCUUCAAGUUUGGUUAGUGAAGUUACA